UUAUUGGUGUAAAUGAAUAAAAACUUGACAACCGUUCGAUGAAAUUCAUUGAUUAUAUUACAUGUGAACCGUGUGCGUGCCUAGAGGAUAAUUUUAUAUAAAUUACACGGAUUUGACAAGCUUGUUCUCAGACUUUAAACUAUCAUCCACCAGAAACAUGCGACUGGUAUUUUGUUUAGUGUGCAUCAGUGUUGCACUGCACGUAACCUCCGGGCAGAAUGACUUUAACUUCGGACUCUUUGGAAAUGGGGGCGGUUCAAAUGGCGGAGCAACAACAACCGGUACAACGGGCCAGAACACCGGACUUCUCGGCGCCAACCCAACAUCGCUGACACCAAACGGGGGCGGAGCCCAGACAAAUGGCCUACAAAACAAUGGGUUAACUCAGAAUAGUGGAAUGAAUCCUGGAAUGAACAUGGGCGGUGGUUUGAACAGUGGUAUGAACAAUGGCAUGAACGGUGGAAUGACACCUGGUAUGAACAAUGGUAUGAACAAUGGAAUGAACAAUGGUAUGAACAAUGGUAUGAACAAUGGAAUGAACAAUGGAAUGAACAAUGGUAUGAACGGUGGUAUGACACCUGGUAUGAAUACCGGUAUGAAUCAGGGUAUGAACACCGGAAUGAAUGGUGGAAUGAACCCUGGUAUGAAUCCCGGAAUGAAUAAUGGUAUGAACCCCGGAAUGAACAAUGGCAUGAACAAUGGUAUGAACCCUGGAAUGAACAAUGGUAUGAACAAUGGUAUGAAUCAGAUGAUGGGUAAUCAAAACGGCAUGAUGAAUCCAAAUGGCAUGGCCAUGCCCGGGCAAAAUGGCAUGAUGCAAAACAAUAUGCAGGGAAAUGGUAUGAUGGGAACUGGUAUGCAGAAUGGUAUGCAAGGAAGUAACAUGAUGGGCAUGGGUGGACAAAAUGGCAUGAUGCAGCAGAAUGGUAUGAUGCAACAGAAUGGUUUUGUAAAUGCUGGUGGUGCAACAUUCCAAGAUCCUACAAGAAUGGGUCGUUUUAACGGAAACAAUCUUAACCAACUCGGAUUUGAUCCUAAUAGCCAAGCCGGUCUUUUCCAAAAUCAGCUAAAUGCUCAAAAUAUGCCACAGUUUGGAAACCAACAAUCACAGUUUGGUCAAGGUCAGUUUGGUCAGCAAAUGCGUCCACCUUUCGGACAGCAAAUGCCAUUCCAAACACCUUUCGGUGCCCAGUUUGGAAGUACUUUCACAAGUCAACCAGGUUUCGGCAUGUUCCCUGACCCGAUGAUGAAUGCCUUCGCACCAAAUCCCUUCCAGAUGACAGCAGGUCCAAUGAUGGGACCCGGCCCCAUGGGCGCAAUCUUUAUGCCAGGAAUGGAAAUGAGCAACCUGAUAUUUGACGCAAACGGAAACGUGGUUGGGACUACCGGAAGUGCAGGUGGCAUGGCCCAAACAGGUGGAAUGGCUCAAGGGGGUACUGGAAUGAUGCAAGGCAAUAACUUUGUGUUCCCUCAACCCACUCAAACCAUGAUGCCCAUGGGCAGCGGGAUUGCCUUACCGGGCGGUUUCGGCUCUACCACAAUGUCUGCUAACCCAGCUAUCAUUGGUAUGGGUCAGCUUGGGCAGACGCAAGGAUUAACACAGGUCGGUAAAAGAAGGAAGUAACUCUGUCAUGUCCGGUCGGUAUCCGUACAGCGCCGGAUGAAUGAUAUCACGGGAGAUAACUAUGAUUGAAGUCAUACAGAAUUACAGACCUUGUCUGUUUUAUACGAAGGAUUAAAGUCAUAAUAUGUUACAGAGAACACUUUAAUAUUUAAAAUUGUCUGUUUCAACUGUGCUGUUGUUGUUAUUGCUGAUGCCUUAUCAUUUUAUAAUAAAUUAUUUAUUAAAAUAA